UUUAUUUUUUAUUUUGCAGCUUGUUAUUCAUAGUUUGGUUUUUUGUUAAAUUUGUUAAUUAAUUGUGUAAUUAAUUUAUUGUUAACUUUUUUAUGUAUUUAAUUUGUUUAAUGCUGUGGUAACUGUAACCUUUUCCACCGUGGAUUUUUACGAUUUGACUGUUUGUUUACUCUUUAUCUUCCUUCUGGAUCCUCCGUUUCUUUCAAAGUUUGAUCAGUUACAACAGUUAUGGGUGACUGUGAAAGCUGGUUGAGUGAUACUAUAAAGAACAGUAGCAGCAACAAGUGUGAUUUCAUCAGAGAAUCAAAACAACAUAAACUACAAUAUCAAACGUACGAAGAUCAAUACAAAUUUGUUCAAUUAUUAGGAGAAGAUAAAGAUUGGAAGCAACUGAAACCCGAAAAGAAGCAACUUGAGCAACUGUUUACAACAUAUUUCAACUUAUUUCCCUCCAUCACUCUUAUCAAAGAUAUUAUUUACUUUAUCCAAAUUAUCAACUUUAUCGAGAUUACCACCACUACCUGCAUUGUCAAUUUAUUCAAAUUACCUGUGUUCUCGUAACAUAUUCACCUAAACAGAAAAGAAAGAGAUUGAAAUUACGUUUUACAUAUACUUUUCUCUUGUUCUAUCAUCUUAAUUCUAUACAUUUUCCUUUCUCCGUUUCGCUUUAUUCUUGACUCACUUUUUCCUUUUUUUCUGUUACCAUUACCACCUUAUCUAUCAUAAAUAGUAUCACCAUUUAUAAUCGAUUAUUAUUCUUUAAAUUUAAUAAUCUUGUCCUUACCUGCAUUCCGUUGAUUUGGUUCCAACUAAGCAGAUUGAAUGGUAAAAAAGGCCAGAUUAGAGAUUGAUGAGAGGCUUUUACUAGGUUUGGUCGAAGAAGCUGAUCAAAUAGAGCAUCUUCAUCACCGCCACUCUCAUAAUCAAACACAGCUUCAAAAUAAUCAUCAUCAUCAUCUUGACGAAGAAGAAGAUAUUGAGGAAAGAAGGCAAAGUAGAAGUAUGAGUAGUAUGACCGGCACCAGUAACUCAAGUCCUCCUAACUCAUCGGGAUCAUCACCGUCUCCGGUGGCCUGCGGGCUUACCGUAAACGGAUCCAACUCAACAGGGAACAACCACCUUUCAGUAUCUCCUCCAUCAUCAUGUGUUACCCCGAGCACCAAUCACCGUGAACCGGACCCCAAUACCAUUAAGAUGUUUGUUGGACAGAUUCCAAGGGAUUGGUCUGAGGCUGAAUGCCGAGCUCUUUUUGAAGAAUUUGGUGAAAUUUAUUCCUUAAAUGUACUCAAAGAUAAAUCCUCUGGACUCAGUCGGGGCUGUUGUUUUGUUACUUUUUUUUCGAGAAAGUCAGCUCUUGACGCUCAAAAUGCUCUCCAUAAUAUUAAAACAUUGCCUGGAAUGCAUCAUCCCAUCCAAAUGAAACCAGCUGAUAGUGAGAACCGUAAUGAAAGAAAACUUUUCAUCGGUAUGUUAUCAAAAAAGUAUUCAGAAACUGAGGUCAAACUCAUGUUUGCUCCUUAUGGAAUCAUUGAAGAGUGCACAGUUCUUAGAGAUGCUAAUGGGCUCAGUAAAGGCUGUGCUUUCGUAACUUUUACCUCACGACAAUGUGCAGUUAAUGCUAUUAGAGCAAUGAAUCACAGUCAAACAAUGGAAGGCUGUUCUUCGUCUUUGGUUGUUAAAUUCGCAGAUACCCAAAAAGAUAAAGAUGCCCGAAAACAGCAACAAAUUUUAAUGCAACAUCUAGCAGCAGCAGCGGUUGUCCAUCAACACCAAGCAACUACACCAGCACCAGUUGCUCUUACCACAACCGCAACUAACCCUUAUUUAGCUUUAGCUGCAGCUGCAGUCUCAGCUCAACAGCACCAAGCUCAACAACAACACAUUGCUGCAGCAACUUUAGCAAUGCAACAACACAGGCAAUUGGCAGCUUCUAUUUCUCAAGGAAAUGAUCAAUUAGCAUUGGCAGCUGCUGCAAAUCUAACUCAAAAUCCUGUUAUGCUUGCAACCCUUUGUCCUGGUGCCAGCACCAAUGGUACCCAUACAGUGACAUCAGUCCAUAGUUAUCCAACAGCCACUCCUCAAGCUUCCAUAACCAAUGCCACGGCUGCGGCUGCUGUUGCUGCUUCUGGCCUUCUUCACGCACAUCGGACCAGCCUAUCUCUUGGUGGUAAACCCAUGGAAGGUCCAGAAGGAGCAAAUCUUUUUAUCUAUCAUCUGCCCGCUGAAUUCAGGGAUGAUGAUUUGGCUCAAAUUUUUGCUGCUUUUGGCCGUGUUUUGUCAAGCAAAGUAUUCAUCGAUAAACUUACACAUUUAUCGAAAUGUUUUGGUUUCGUCUCCUAUGAUAAUGUUAUCUCGGCACAAGCCGCCAUCCAGGCCAUGAAUGGUUUUCAGAUAGGAGCAAAAAGGCUUAAAGUCCAAUUGAAAAAGUGUAAAGACAAACCUUACUGACCACCUACGACCGAUUGCCGAUCUGAAUGAUGAAUCGCUUUUACUGUUUACUCCAAAUACUCCAUAGAGUUUUUUAAAUGAAAUGAUGGUUAAAACGAUUUACAAAUUACAAUGUAAAACAAGAGUAAAAGUGAUCAUACUUUUGAUUCCCUUUGCUUUGUUACCUAAAACAAAAUCAAAUCUUGACCUUUUCUACUUUUUAAGUAGACCUUUUAUUUGAUGAUAAAUACGUUCUUAAAGACCGUCGAUUAAAAAGUUGACAAGAUCAACCUGUUUGAUGACAGUUAUUCCAAUUCUGUUAAUGUAUUAUCACAGAUUGUCAACAGAUCUAUUGAAAAAUAAGUGACUAAAUCAACUGAUAGCUUAAUUUUAUUUUAUGGUUAAUAAAAAUCAUUGCUAUAAAUUUAA